CAGAAGUGUGCUCUUCCUACCAAGAGGAUAUGACAGCAGACUCAAAAGCAGACCAUUUAAUAAUAAACAUUCAAAUCAUGUAUUGACUGCUGGUGUACACUUUAUAUAAUCCUUGGUCCCUUUUCCACUUUGAGAGCAAUCCUAGAACCGAUUAGUUGGGGGGAUGGGUCCCGUGCCUUUCUCUUUAAAUUCUCUGCGUCAUUUUAAUGUGCAGCCUAUUUCAUUAGGUAAGUAUACCACUAUCCCCAUUUUUUAGGUGAGGGGUUAACUUUCCUUCCCCCAGGAUCACACAAGUAAGUGGUGCGUUAAGUAUUAGGUUCCAGAUCUGAUUAGAGUUUUCUUAACCAGAGGAACUAGGAAAUGUGAGUGUGAAACUUAAUGAACACAGAAAAGUGUGUUUGAAAGCAGCUUCAGUUUUGAAAAAUCUGAAACCAUCUAUUACUAGGGCUAAACUUGCAGCCUUAUUUGGGGUCAUGAAAUGGAGCUAGAUGGUUUAAUUCAGCAAAAGUAUAGAUGCUAAGGUCCUAUCACGCAAGUCAGGGUGCUAGGCUUCCUUACUGGGGAGGGGACACGCACCUAAGCUUUCACCAAAGAACCUAGACAAAGGAGACCUAGAACAUGGAAUUCGGGUGGGCAUGGUGAGGGAACUCUGGGAUGACAGGUCACUUAACCUGACAUUGAGAUAGCAGGUAUUGCUGGGCUGUUUGAAAGUUCCACACUCAUCAGUACUCUGGAGAGCCUGGUUAGUUUGAAUCUUAAAAAUGCAACCCAGAGAACUGAACGUCACUUUGUCUAACUGCCCACUACCCACUCUACAGGCGCCUGGCGCAAAUCUCGUGCCUCCCUGAACUUGGGCCAUGUCUGACUCCCAUACACCCAGCCUCAUUUCAGCUCCUUCCCAACCUGCACUCCGCCCUCCACCACCCGCCGUAGCAGUGCCCCUGCAGGUGCCCCUAUAUAGUGGUGGCACCUAUAGUAGUUGCCGAGUGAAUCCUAAGCAGCCUUCUAGCCGCCCAGGGGCCUUCCUGGCGGGGCAACCUAAUCAUCAGUCCCUGCUUGGAGCGGCUGGUGACCCAGAGCGUUAGGCCGCCCGGAAGCUCCCGGCGCCUGGCAACCGGCACGCGUUGGGCGGGCGGGGCUGCAGCAACCGGUGCGGCUCGCCGGUCCGGGCGUGGCUGAGUGGCGGGCGAGACGCGCUCCGCUCCGGAGCGUCGCCGGGCUGCCGGGCUGCCGGGCUGCCGGGAGCCGAGCAUGUUCGCUCCGAGAGCGGAGCCCGCACGAGCGCUGGGCCGCCUUCUCUGUCCCACCGCCGCUGCCAGCCCCGUGCCCGGGCCAAGCUGGGCCGAGGGCUCGGCUCUGCUGAGGGCGGCCACUGGCUCCCACGUUGUCCCCUGCCCCCGUUGACCCCGCUGCCGGAGCCUCAGACCUGGGCACCACCGACACGGCCCAGGCAUUCAAAGAAGCCCCUUUCCUCAAAGGUGGAGCUGCGGGGACACAGAAUCUCACUUACAUCAGCACUGUUGAAAGGAGAAAAAAUGCCAGUCCUGUCUCCGGAAAUCAAAUUUGAUACUUCCAAUGUUACCAGAAAUUCCUUUGACAGUUGUUUUCUUUUUGAGAGUAGUUGGAGGAAAGCAGUUUUAGAAACACAAAAGAUGAAGAAAGAAUACACCACAGCCUUUGGUCUAGAAGAGUUCAAAGAAUGUGUCAAGAUGCCGUAUUUACCAGGACUGCAGAGUUGCCCAAAAAGUGUAAGUUCAACUCCACUGGAAGUUCGUCCGAGACUGCUGCAGGCUGACCCCGAGAUGUGUCCAGUCAGCCAGUCUAGUGAGAACAUGUCAAGUUGCGUGCAUGUGUUUUAUUCUCCUCUGCACAUUGCACAGCGCCCCGUGAACGAAAAGCCGUGGCAUAGCAGGAUAAGGAAGACUAAGGAAGCCCGCAUUGUGGUACCACUUCAGGAGAAACCAAAGGGAUUUUUAAGGCAUUCUAAUUCUUCAAUCAACUUUGUUUCCGGCUUCAGUGAUCCUCUUGCUGGAGCAUCAUCUCAAUACUUACAGAGACUUUCCAAAAUGGCCAUAUUGGAGUAUGAUACCAUUCGUCAAGAAACUACUAGAAAAUCCAAAAAGAGCAAGAAACGAGACCUGCGAGACUGCUGAUAAGUAUCACAUCACAUGCGAUGCUUUCUUCACUGAUGUCUAAGGUUUAUAUAUUUUUUCCUUUCUUUUUCUUUUUUUGAUAUGUGGUAUGAUGUGCAAUGAUUUACAUAAAAAUGGAAGUGUAAAUAAGAAAUAAAUAUUUUAUGUAAUAU